AUGUUAUUGCUUCAAAAGAAUGAAAUUUUAAAUGAAUAUAGGAAACCGCGGCACUCAAAAGUUCAGCCGGAAGCGUAUCAACCAUCCAAAGAUAAACCGGAGCACAAUGCGGCUGUUUUGCACAGAGAUCCCAAUGCAUUGGACCAAGGUUCAACCUUAGAUGAAAACGGAGGCCUUGAUGCUUUUUACACAGUAGGCGAAAAUUCUCCCUAUACUGGAGUCAUCACGAGGGUUCUUGCAAAGGAACAACACCAAAACUCAGCAGCACCCAUUGUUUCUAACGUAAAAAAUUCAACUAGGUUGCUCACACAAGCGUUGUUGGAUGAAACGGAUAUAAGGAAGACUCCACUUGAAAUGCACCCGGCACCCUCUGCUUCCAGAUAUGCAGAGGAGCAGCUGCUGCCUGUUUUCAAGGAAAAUAUCUGCGACGCUAGUUCGGAUGCACCAGGGGAAGGGAAUAUGUUCGUAGAUCAGGAUAAUUAUUCCCCUAUUUCUCCUUCAUCCGGUGAUGGAAGAAGUAUCAGCCAUAGCAUGAAGGGUAAUAGCACGUCGCCUGUCUGUGAGUGUAACGGUGUUGGCGUCGCGCCCGGGGGAGUCUUCAAGGUGUUGAUGAGUCCUAGCGUUGUGGAAGUGGAGACUCCCGUGCACAACGAUUAUGUAGACUUACAUCGAAUACAAGAAGAUAUGGAUCUGGCGAGUCAAUUGAACUCACAAGGCAGAACUCCUCUUGGUGCCGUGAAUAAUACUCCUCUAGUAGAAAGCAAAGGCUGUAAUGAAAAUAACACCAUGUUGACCUUUAACGUAAGCGCCACGUCAAGUUUCGAUGAGGAUAUUAGUGGUUCUUCUUUUUCAAAACAACAAUAUAGGUAUGGUUUCAUUGGAGCAUCAGGGAGCAGUGCCAGAUGGCAUGGCAAUAGUGUCAGCAAUAACGAUGAAAAGGCUCACGAGGGUCAACUCCCAUUGGGAUUUUUACUGGCAUCGAAGCGACUUUCGGCAACCGAAGGUGCAUCAAUGGAGCUUUUAGCGUCAUCCAGGGCAGAUUCAUCUGCGAUUUCAGUGUCCUCCUACGAUAUGCCACCGCUUCGUCCAUCUUCCUCUGAAUUAAUGCGAUAUUAUGAAUUGGAUCGCAGAAAUUGUGGUGAGCGCGGUGUGAUGGUUGCCUCGGCAACAGCUAUGACUAUGGUUAAAAAUAGACAAACACUCUUUAGGAGUGGUAAGUCGAUGGAACUAUUUCCCUCGCCAAGGUUAGGCACUCAAGUGGAUAUACCAGUUCGGAUAGUCCACUUCCAUCGAGAAUCUAUUUCUUCUUGUAACAUGGACUACGAUAUUGACACUAUCGUGGUUAGCCCAUUCAAUACAUCUGAUAUCUCAUCACGAUACAUAGGUAAUGAAAGCCAAAAUCGGAUUCUGGAUUUCCAAAAUGAAAGAAUUCUGCAUACCUUGAAAAACAAACAAAUGAUUCAAGCAAUUUCAUUCAGUGAGGCUGCCGAAUUACUGCAGGCAGGUAUCAAUGUUAGCCCUGAACCCCUAUCACAGAAAAAGAAGAAGAAGAAGAAGACGUUUUCCUGGUGUUUCUGUUUUGACAAAAAUCAAAGUGAUACUGUUCUUGACCGUAAAAUAAUGCAGAAUAAUGGGGUAGGCUUGACAUCACACCCCACCUUAACUACGGUGUCGUGGAGAGAAGGGCUUAAGGUUGUUGCGAGGCUCAAGGGUAUCCCUUAUAACCACGCAGAUCCCGUUCACAAACGUAUCUUGUUCACCAUCUACUAUGCCCUUAUAGACCCGAAAAGUGGGAGGCCACGUGAUCAAAUUGUGCCCAUUAGGAAAUCCUGUGUGGAGGAACAGGCGGCAGAGGAUGUUCAGCUCACUUUUCCGCGGAAUCAUCCCGUAUCGUGGGAAGCGGUCGGCUUUCAGGGCUCUAACCCCGCUACGGACCUUCGAGAUACCGGAAUAGUUGGGCUGCUGCAGCUGCUUUACAUGCUUGCUGGCUAUGCCGACCUGACGCAAACCCUUUGGCGUCUCUGUCAAUCGCCAUAUUCCGCUUCCCCUUCUGAGAGCCUUUCUUCCCCGGUCUCCACCCCCCAAGCAUCGGCAGGAUUAUCGAUGCUUAGCCAGGAUUUGCCUUUUGUUCUUGUGGUGUUAACCUUUGUUGGUCUUUCCUUGGAUUUCCUUGAAAAAAAAAAGCCAUCGAUGUCCCUAGCAUCGUCAUCUCCGAUGCUGGGAGGCGGGAUCGACGCUUCCUCGACUGUUGCGACGUCACAGCAAAAGUCUCCUGAGAGGUCCACCACUUUUGAAGAGCCCUCGGUAUUUCAUGUCUCUCCUGUGUUGUGCGCGGUCUGUGAGUACUGUAUAGGGUGCCUACAACUUUUCUGCGAAUCGUGGCAGGAGUUGAUCGAAAAACGGUUUCCAAAUCAACCGACAGUAGCGGAUUUUGGAUUGGAGAGGUCUCGACUACGCGAUCGACUCAUGAAGAGUCGUGGCAUGGAUCUCGUAAAGAAUGCUAUCAAAAGAGCCAAACAACAUGCUUAG